AUGGAGGUAUUACAAGGCAACUAAGAAAAUUAGUCAUAUAAAGAUGAAAUCCAAUACAAUAAUAAUAGCAAUGAUGAUAAUUAGGCUGAAAGCUAGUUGAAUAAUGAAAUAUUUAGCAAGAAGAAAAAUCUUUUUAGAGUAGAAAUUAGAAACAAAAAGACAAGGACUCUUUUGUAAGCUAAAAGAAAUAUGUCUUUGAAUGGAAACUUACUUCAAGAUUAUGAAGUUUUACCUCCUUUUUACCCUUAAAUGAUAGAGCAAACGAUACAUGAGUUUAAUUAAUAAAACCCUAAUCUCUCGUUGAUUCAAUAGAAUUUAAGAGUGAUCAGGAAAGAAAUAGAUUAGAAUCGCGAGAAUACUUUGCUAAUGAUUAAGAACUCCUAAUUAUUUAUGAAGUUGGUUUAAAUGAUAACAUGGGGUAGAAAACAACCUUCAUUGAUGUUCGAAAUUGCUUAUGAUUUGGUUAUUAAUGUCACUAGCUUUUGUGAUUGUAGUGAUGUUGUAGAUUAAAUAGUUGAUAUACUUAUAAAAAGAGAUGAAAAUGGGUAAGAGAUAAAUGACUAAGAGAAUAACUACCUCUUCUAGUAGCCUGAUAAGAGAAAGUUUUAUGUACUCAGUGUUAUCGAAAAUCAUAUUUAGAAUGACGAGUAUUUGAACAUUAGAGAGUCUGCCAUUUGGCUUUUAUCAAAUAUAGCAGCAGAAAAUACACAAAAUGUUGUAAAAUCUAUCCUUUCAAAAGGAAAGUUGUUUUACAUCUUAAAAGAAAAUAUUGAAUUAAAAAAUCAUACAAAAGAUAUGCUUGAGUCAAUAGUUAAUUUACUUUCUAACCUCUCUAUGAAAAAAGAGUACACUACUUAUAUAGAUUUUGUUGAUGCUCCUGAGUUGAUUCUCUCUAUAUUUCCUUUAGUUAUUAAUUAGGAAAUUGUAAACACCACUUUGAUGAGCGCUCUAAAAAAGAUAGUUUUUAAAGCAGAUGAUGAUGAAGUUCAUUAAAUAAUUAAUUACUACUAUGAUCUUAUUCUACAAAUGGUAAAUUUUGUGCAAGGUUGUAAUUUAUAGAUUAAAUCUCACUGCGAUUGCUGCUCCUAUAUUCUUGAAAUAUUUGAUUAUCUCUGUGAUUUCUAUGAAUCCCUCACUAAUUAGGUUGUUGGUAUGGGUAUUUUUGAUCCUAUUGCUCACCUAUUAAAUUAAAAUAUCCCUAUUGAACUGCAAAGCAUAUGCUUAGAUCUCCUUACUACUAUAUUUUCCAAGCAUUCUCACCAAAUUAAUGAUCGCUUUAUUUUCGAGGAGUAGUUUAACUAAAAUCAAUAUUUAACCAAAAUAAUUAUAAAUUUAGCUUCUAGUUAUCAUUCAGAUAUUAAGAAUUCUGCUCUAAGCUGUUUAAGCAGCUUACUUGCAGGUUGUAAUCAAGAUCAAUGUGAGGCUAUAUUUGAUAGCAACUUAAUGAAGAUUUUCUUAGAUUCUAUGUAAUAGGAAAGCGUCAAAUAAGACACCAUCACUGAAAUACUUAAUGGAUUAAUUAACCUAAUUUUUAUUGGAAAUUUGAAUCAUUCAAUAGAAUAAAAUCCUUAUAGCAUCGUUUUUAUGGAUUUAUAAGGUGAUGCAAUACUAGACAAUAUCUAAGAAAGACUUUCAAAUGAAGGCUAUAGCUCAUCAGAAAAGCUUUUAAGAUAUAUUACUGAAGGAAAUGUUGAUGACGAAGAAGAUAAUGAAGGGUAAUGA